UCCCAGGUGUACCUGUGACCGACUCGGUGGGACUGUGGUGGCAGUCUGGGCCCUCGGGAGCCUGCGUGCAGCCGGGCGCCUGCCUCCUUGUCUGUAAACACGGGGCGUGUGUCCCUGCGGCUGUGAGCGAGUGAGCGAGGGGGCGGUGAGCCGGCCCCGCAGGUCCUGCGGCCUCGGGCCGCCCUGUUGCCCAACAGGCGGCUGGGGGCGGGCCGGGCACUGAUUAAAGGGCGCCUGGAGCAGCCUGCGUGGAGACAGGUGACCAGCAGCGCAGAGAGCCGGUCAGCGCCUGCCCCAGCAGCGUUCGCUUCCCCGUCCUGUGAGCGCAUCACCAUGUCUGAGGCGUGCCGGGCCGAGACCUUUGUCUUCCUGGACCUAGAAGCCACCGGGCUCCCCAACAUGGACCCGGAGAUCGCCGAGCUCUCGCUCUUUGCCGUCCACCGCUCUUCACUGGAGAGCCCGGAGCGGGAUGAGUCCGGCACCCCGGUGCUUCCCCGCGUCCUGGACAAGCUCACGCUGUGCAUGAGCCCACAGCGGCCCUUCACGGCUAAGGCCAGUGAGAUCACGGGCCUGAGCAGCGAGGGCCUGGCACAGUGCCGGAAGGCGGGCUUUGACACCGCUGUGGUGUGCACGCUGCAGGCCUUUCUCAGCCGCCAGGAGGGCCCCAUCUGCCUGGUGGCCCACAACGGCUUCGACUACGACUUCCCAUUGCUGUGCACGGAGCUGCAGCGCCUGGGUGCCUGCCUGCCUUCAGACACCAUGUGCUUGGACACGCUGCCCGCGCUGCGGGGCCUGGACCGCGCCCACAGCCAUGGCACCCGAGCCCAGAGCUGCAAGGGCUACAGCCUGGGCAGCCUCUUCCGCCGCUACUUCCAAGCCGAGCCGAGCGCGGCCCACUCGGCUGAGGGCGACGUCCACACGCUGCUCCUGGUCUUCCUGCACCGCUCCGCUGAGCUGCUGGCCUGGGCCGAUGAGCAGGCUCUGAGCUGGGCUCACAUCAAGCCCAUGUAUGCACCGCCUGAGGGCCUGAGCCUGGAGAACUGAGUGUGCUGGGCCCGGGCCAUGGCCUGAAUCCUGGGAGUCCCCGCUAUGGCCUCCCGACAGGCUCCGACUGGGUCCCGG